GAACCCUAUGCAUUUCUAUUUCAGUGGGCCCCGACUCAAAUCCGACACCAUUUUGAAUUUGAAUCAAAUAAGGAAGAAGGGGAAAUAAGAAAGAAAAGGGAGUAAUGGACCAAUUUAUUUAUUCAUAUUUCAUAUUAAUAUAUGCCGUUCACACAUAGGAAUUGAUCGAAUAAUGGAAGUCUGAUUUUAUGGGAGUGAGACAGAAAGACCGUCGUUGGUUGACUUGGUUCAUACAUACACAACACAAUGACCAACUAAUCAAAACAAAUUUCUAAUCAAAGUCAGUAACGACUCUUCUUCCUCCUCCUCCUCCUUGUUCUUCUUCUCCCUCUUCUAGUCUCGUUAUAAACAAAGCUGCAUUAUAACGCCGAGUGAUCUCCAAAACCCCAUCUUUAUAAUUUCCUUCUGAAACCCCCUCCUCUGUUCUGUUGUCACAAAACCAAACCCCAAGAGAUUCACAAUUUCCAUCGCAGAGAAGAGGAAGACAUUGAUCAUGGCAGUCGGGAUACUGGAAGUUCAUGUGGUGAGCGCGAAAGGCCUCAAAAGCACCGAUUUCCUUGGUGGAAUCGAUCCGUACGUGGUGGUUCAGUACAGAAACCAAGAGCGCCAAACCAGCGUUGCCAGAGGGGCAGGUGGGAGCCCAGAGUGGAACGAGAAGCUGACAUUCAGAGUGGAAUACCCAAUCAAUGGUCAAGGCGGCGGCGAACACAAGCUCCUCCUCAAGAUCAUGGACCACGACACCUUCUCUGCGGAUGACUUUCUUGGCCUUGCUACGAUUCACCAAGUGAAAGAUUUGUUGGAAAUCGGGGUGGAAAAGGGGAGCUCGGAGCUGCAUCCUUGCAAGCACAGUGUGGUCACUGCUGCAAAUUCUUACUGCGGUGAGAUUAAAGUCGGCCUCACCAUCACAAUUAAGCGGGAAGGGGGUGAUGGUGGCGGCGAAGGGCAGCAGUUUGGCGGGUGGAGGCAGAGCAGAGACUUUUAGCCAUUAGUCACGAACUUACGAUGUGCAUUCAGAGUCUGUGUAUGUUUCGAAUUAUGGGUCGGUAUGGAUUUGGCUUCUUGAUCCUGAACCCAGAGGAUGUAACGUGUACGUUUAAUGCAAAAUUAGGUUGGGCUUGUGUUGUCUUUGUUAUGUAUAUCAUCUCUACCAGCUUUCUGCCUCUCUACGGUUUUGCUCAAUCGUAUUAGUUGAAUGUAUGAUACAGAAGUAUACCUACUUAGCGUUUGCCCCCAGAAGAAGCAAAUGAGUAUAUACUACAAUUCUUCCCAAAAUUAUCUUUCGAUCUGUGUUUCGGAGAGAAGAGGGAGGAAAAGAGAAACGGGGGAGAGAGACUUACCCUUAACCUUAAGCAGUGCGGAUUUGUAGAAUGAUAUUUUACAAAAAGAUUAUAGAAUGAAAAAUAUCAGCUAGCCGUCUUAGCUCAGCCGGUAGAGCGCGUGGCUUUUAACCACGUGGUCGUGGGUUCGAUUCCCACAGACGGCGACUAUCUUGUUUUUACCGACUCUCUAUCAGAACUGGGUUUUGGCUUUUUGCAGAUUGAGAAGCUGCAGACAGAAUUGGAGGCAUAACAGGCAACCCAUCCAUCCCUUGCUUCAUUGCUUCCGCCUCAAGUAAGCUUUUCAGUUCCGGAUUUUUCGUGAGGGAUGACUGAUGAUUGAGUACUGUAGAUGUGCUGACAUUUGCUUACAAUGAGGGGCAAGUGCAGGAGCUUCUGGCAGAAAUGGCAAUGGUGGAGGAGGAAAUCAUCUGGCUCGCGAGGAAACUAGGGGAGUUGAAAUUUAGAAGGAGCUACCAUGUGUCAACAUUACAAAGCCAUGCUGGUGGUUUCAGAAGGGAGAGGUUCAAAUUAAGAAGAGCUUCUGCUGGUUCUGCAGAAGAAUUAUUCUGCAUUCUUCCCACUGCUGCGGCUUCACCAAGUACGCCUCUAAACUCCUAAACGAUGGAUUGUGCAUUCAGGAGAUUACUCAAUUAAACUCAGUUUGAUUCUACGUAGGAGCUACUUCUCAUGAUUUUACUAGCACAAUCAAUGAACUUAGAGUAGAAUCGUGGAUUGAUUGCUUCUAUGAUCUAUCUAUAAUCUAUGACCUUAGCCGAAAAGCCACAGAUGCAACACAGGCAAAGAUCACUGACGCAGAAUGAAACCAGAAUGCGGAUAGUAGUACGAUAUGAGAAGCCAAACGAGCUAUCUGAAGAACUCACCAGAUGCCCCAUUGGCAUAUUCCUUGAUCUCAUUAAUUCGAACUUUUUUUCGUAACUCAACCAAACACUAUUUUGAAACCCCAAACAAACACUUACACUUAAUAAAACAUACAACACCGACUAGGGCAGAUUCAUUGAUACACUAGCAGAAGCACUCAAACGCCGUGGAUACAAUAGGAACAUAGACUGCUUCAAACCGCAAUCAAGACAAACAGAAAAGAGAAAACACAGAGUGCCAGUUCAGCUAAGGAAAUUGACAAUCCUAUUUAAUAAGUUCAAGCCAAAUACGGUUUCUUCACAAUUGACUUUCACCGCCACAUUCAAUGGCUCGGAGCAUAUACCUUCAGCUGUGACGGUAAUUAAGCAGGGGACCGAGUUGCUAAGAAUUUCACUGCUGAACCGCAAGCACAAGCCAGAUGCAUCAUCGUGCUUGGCUGCGAUCGGCAUGUCGACAGAUACAAGGAAGAGAUUGGCAUUGCUGAGCAUUGUCAACACUAUGCUCUCACAGACUACCAGAAACUUGUCUUUUGAGAACGUGUGGUCUCCCUUUUCCUUGUUUAGAUCGUCUACGUGGCCUUUGAAGAUACAACUGGAAACCCAGAAAGUGAAAAUGAAAUGAAGAUGAACUCAGUAAGUGGUAUUAAUGCAUUGACAGAAACAGGUGAGCAGGAAAGCAAUUGACAUACAGACAAUGGGUGUGUAUGUUUUUGCCUAAAAUAAGUACUUUUUGAAAAAGAAAUUGAGUUAAAAGCC